GAUGGCCAAAAAAUGCAAAUUGAAAACAGAUAAAAAAAAACAUAAAUGAAAAAAAUUAGUGGUAUGUAAUUUUUGUUGAAAAUAAAUUAAUUUAAUUACAAGUUGUAAGUUUAAAAUGAUUCCAUAAGGCUUAGUCGCACCCUGCAUGUUGUGUUCGAACUGUAGAAGUGGUACAGUGACUAUAUUGUUGCCUUGUCCGGCGUAAGGUUCAGCUAACGACAACCGUGCGUCUUUCCUUCCCGUAUGGCUGCAUAUGUUAACCGCUCGAUAUCCAUGAUGGCUGGCGACGGGCCCCACAACGUUGCGACUCUCAACAACGGCUCCGUGCGCGUCAACAUGUCCAAUGUGGACUCUCCGCUCCAGAUAUUUGUGAGGGCUAAGAAGAAGAUCAAUGAUAUUUUCAUAGAAAUUGAUGACUAUGUUAAAGAUGCAGUCACAUUUAUGCAUGCAGUGUCAGGCGAGAAAGGCAUCGCGACGCCGCAGGACGUCGCCAACGUGGAGGCCUACGUCAGCAAGGUGCAGGCCAUCAGGGAGGUCCUCAAGCGAGAUCACAUGAAGGUCGCUUUCUUCGGCAGGACGAGUAACGGCAAGAGCACGGUGAUAAACGCCAUGCUGCACGACAAGAUCCUGCCGAGCGGCAUCGGGCACACCACCAACUGCUUCCUGCAGGUCGAGGGUUCCGACACCGACGACGCCUUCCUCAGGACCGAGGGCUCCGAGGAGAAGCAGAAUGUACAGUCGGUGAGCCAACUAGGGCACGCGUUGUGCGCGUCACGACUGCAAGAAUGCUCGCUGGUGCACGUGUACUGGCCGCGCGAGUUAUGCGCGCUGCUGCGCGAUGACGUCGUGCUGGUGGACUCGCCCGGCGUCGACGUCACGCCCAACCUCGACGAGUGGAUCGACCAGUACUGCCUGGACGCGGACGUGUUUGUGCUGGUCGCUAACGCGGAGUCCACGCUCAUGGUCACCGAAAAGAAUUUCUUUCACAAAGUCUCGACAAAGAUAUCACAGCCGAAUAUAUUUAUACUGAACAAUCGAUGGGAUGCCUCCGCGUCCGAACCAGAAUACUUGGAACAGGUGCGCACGCAGCACGCAAAUCGCUGCGUGGACUUCCUAUCGCGCGAGCUACGCGUGUGCUCGCCCAAGGAGGCGGAGGAGCGCAUCUUCUUCAUCUCCGCCAAGGAGGCGCUGCUCACGCGCAUGCGCGAGCGCGAGAAGCCCGUCUCCUCGCCAAUCCUUGCCGAAGGGCACCAAGUCCGCUACUUCGAGUUCGUGGACUUCGAGCGCAAGUUCGAGGAGUGCAUCAGCCAGUCCGCCGUGCGCACCAAGUUCGCGCAGCACUCGCGCCGCGGGAAGAACAUCGCUGCUGACGUGCAGGGCGCGCUCGAGCAGGUGUACAACAGCGCGACGGACCGCAAGGCGUCGAUGGUGGAGAAGCAGCGCGUGCUGCACGAACAGCUGUCGGCCAUCGAGGAGCAACUCACCACCAUCACGCGCCAGAUGAAGGACAAGAUCAACCGCAUGGUCGAGAGCGUCGAGCACAAGGUGUCGCUGACGCUGAGCCAAGAGAUCCGUCGCCUAUCAGCGCUGGUAGACGAGUACUCGACGCCGUUCCGCAGCGAGCGCGCGGCGCUCGAGGCGUACAAGCGCGCGCUGCACCGCCACGUGGAGGCCGGGCUGGGCCAGCGCCUCAAGAAGCGCCUGUCCACCGACAUCGGCCACGAGAUGGACGAGGCGCAGAAGGAGAUGGCUGAGCGCAUGUACAACAUCCUGCCGAUGCACAAGCGCGCGGCCGCCGCGUCGUACAUCAUCCCGCACCAGCAGCCCUUCGAGGUGCUCUACCGCCUCAACUGCGACAACCUGUGCGCCGACUUCCAGGAGGACCUCAGUUUUCGCUUUUCGUACGGCAUCACGGCGCUAAUCCAGCGCUUCCAGGGUAAAAACACAAACAAGAUUGCUCUCAAGAACCCACCAAACUACACACAGAUACCUCCUUCAGUGAGCAACCCGCCGCUGCCGACAUUGGAAGUGGCCCGCAGCAACGGGCCGCUGGGCGUGGGCCCGCUCAGCGCGGAAGAGUGGGGCUUCAUCUCAAAGUUCGCGCUCGGCGCUCUCACCUCGCAGGGAACCAUGGGCGGUUUAUUGCUCUCUGGCUUGCUCCUAAAAACCGUCGGCUGGCGCAUCGUAGCAGUAACAGGCGUGCUGUACGGCGCGCUGUACGCUUACGAGCGGCUGACGUGGACGGCGGCGGCGCAGGAGCGCGUGUUCAAGAAGCAGUACGUGGCGCACGCCAGCAAGAAGCUGCGCCUCAUCGUCGACCUCACCUCCGCCAACUGCAGCCACCAGGUGCAGCAGGAGCUGUCGACGAUGUUCGCGCGGCUGUGCCGGCUGAUCGACGAGGCGACGACUGAGAUGGACGGCGAGCUGAGCGAGGUGAAGGACGCCAUCAAGCUGCUGGACGCCGCGUCCACGUCCGCCAAGAAGCUGCGCAACAAGGCCAACUACCUCUCGCACGAGCUCGAGCUCUUCGACGACUCCUUCCUCAAGCACAACUAGCCAGAGCAAUAUUUGCAACGGUUACUUCAUACAAUGACGCGAAACUUCGAAGUCCGAAGCCGGCCCUUUGCGGACGCGCCCGUCUGUUGGAAUAGAACAUAUGCAUACGCCAGCUAUUAUUGUAUCGUUGUAUCUAUAUUGGGACUUAGAGACGCGGCGGUGGGCCGCUUCAUACGGCCUAAAGUCGAUUCAUUCAUAUACAGAUCGCUACUCACAAAUUUGUUCUUUAAGAAUGAAUGGGCUUUAGCUCAGUUCAAGAAAGCCCGCUGCCGCUUCACACUUACAUGUAUCGGAAGUUACGGGCGGCGCCGAAGUACUUUAUUUUUAAGUGAAACGUUCCACUCGCCUCCUGAGCGACAUGACAGUCCGCGGGACAUCCCGCCGAGGCCAGCUUCGAAGGUAAACAUUAUGUAUAGACCUUGUACAGUCGUUGAUAUACCUCCUGUAAAUUAGUACUUUGUUGUUGUUGUUUUAAAGUUAUUUAUCACUUUUUUUAUGUAUUCUAUAAUGAUGAAAUCACGAGUAGAAUCGACUAAAAUCUUAUUAACUGUCUGACAUUAUAAUUUACUGCUUCUUUAUGGAUUAAAUGUUCCUGUUUUAUUUUAAUUUUGAAAAUGUUUACCUUCUUUUUACAAACGUGGUGCUACCAAUGGGAUGUAUAAAAACGGCAAAAUUCAUGAACAAACAUUGGAACUCGUUCUUAGAUACGGAGAUGUAUAGAAAUUGUUAAAGUAAUGGAGUUAUCUUUAUAAAUUGUUCGAUGUACUUUCUAAUCCUGCGUUAUUCAUUCAGUAUUUGUAUUCAUGGCUGUUUCUGCUUGUUUUCUAAUACAAAUAUUGGUUAUUUAUUUUAGGGUAAAUGUGCAUUUUAGCAAACUUGGGCUACUGAAGUUACUGUCUCUUUAGUUACCAAAUGCACUGUCGGCUGUGAGUUUACAUUCACACUCAUUCUAAUCGUCCAGGGACAAAAAAAAUACUAGGAAGAGAAAGUUAACUGUGAUACUGUUUUAUUGUUUCUAACCUCGUCUUGAAAAGCUCAUGUACUAACCUUCAUCUACAGACGUAUACUCACAGUCGGCAGGGGUGUAGUUGAACUCGCUAAGUUUUAAUUUAUUAUUGUGCAUUACAUUUCAGAGUUGUGCGACUUGAUAUUGCAUGUUACCUUUAUUCUAUCAAGGUUCAAGAUGCCUAAAUUAGAUAAUAAAUUGGGAUAAUUUGCCAUUUUAUUGCAGUUGGUCUCGAAAAUUUAUUUGGUAUUCUAGGGCCCAUCAAUGUUCCUCUAGCAAUCCAAACGUGCAAUACAAGUCGCCAACUUUAUCAUAAAAUUAGAUGACUCAGCUUCUCACUUUACAUAUUGUUAUGUAUUCUCGAGUAACAAAGAAUUUUUUAGUCGCAACUGUGACGCGAUGUUAUUUUAUACGCAACGUACAUCAGUCCGCAUGGCACAGUGGCAAUGAACUUCAAUUGAAGCUGGGCGCCAUACAACUGUUUGAUAUUAGAUAGUUUUUGUUGUCCAUUGUAAUUAGUUAUCGCAUAAUUAGGAGAAUUUUCUUAUGUAAAUAAACAAAUAAAGGAUUCCUUUAUAAA